AUGGCCUUCAUCUUGCCUGGCUCUGUGCGAUCACGCCUGCCUGGCCUCACCCUCCGACGGGUACGAAGCACGCCCGACGCUCGUGGCAUUGCUAUCCUGGAGAGAACGAACAGUGAUGCCAGUCUGCCGGACGACGGCAACGGCUCGACACCCACAGAGACCGGAAGCAGUCUUGCAGUACGCCCUAGAGCAGCAACAGCGACGAUGAGAAUGGGAGCGCCAGAUAGUUCAUCGGUCGUGCCCUACAGUACCUCGAGCACGUACUUAUCAGCAAGUGGCGGCGACUCACUUGCUUUGAACCUAGCGUAUGCACAUCUGCACGCAGUCUGCCAGUCUCGGACCGCCACUAUCCCACAAGAUCCGCGGAUGGAACGCACAUUGUUGGUAGAUGCAGCCAAAUACUCGAUGCUGGCCCUUCCAAAAGAUUUGUCAGAUGCGGAACUAGUCAGUCUCUGGAACACCAUGCCAGAUCAACCGCAGUGCCGAACGGAUCACGACAUACGAGAACGGAGCCGGCUGAGACGAUUCAUUGCUUUGAUGACGAAGGUGUUCAUAUCGUGCAUGCUGCUAUUGCUGCCAGUGUUGGCCAUGGCUGGUGACGGCGCAGUUCGACUUGAGAGGAGAUUCGAACUCACCCAAGGCCUGACAAAUGCCAUCGUCUCCCUGGUGAGCAAAUUGGAGAACCUCAAUCCAUGGGCAGUGCUACAAGCGACUAAACAGAGCCAGACUUUGGGUUGGACUGUAGGCGUAGGGCAUUGGAUGGUGAACGGUGUUGUUGGCGGAGCUCUAGACGGGUGGCACGAUGCCGUUGACCAGCGGUCAGCUUCAGCAUCAAGACGGACGUCAAUAAGAAGCUGA